AUGGCGUCUGCGGGGGCGGGCUACCUUUCCGCCCACUUGCAAGGAGGCAAGCAGCAGCUGCAGCCGCUGCCCAAAGUGGCAGCGUUAUCCCCACGUGUCACCACGGUGCUCGGCAUGAACCCAGCUCCCUACUCGCUACAAGGUACCAACUGCUACCUCAUCGGCACUGGCUCAGAGCGGCUUCUGCUUGAUACCGGCGAGGGGAAGACCGAGUUUCAUGAGAACCUUCAAGCUCUCCUGAAGAGCCUGGGCUGUCAGAUCUCCGGCAUCCUCCUCACGCACUCGCACGUUGACCAUCUCGGAGGCCUGCCGCAAGUGCUGCAGAGCUUCCCGACCGCGCCGGUUUGGCGAUGCCACCCCGCCGCUGGGCUGCCUUUUGGUCGCCUUGGCACGGCCGAGGAUGCUGUGAAUCCGGCUGCUGUUCUGGAUAGCUGCGGUGCGUCGGGUACGAGGUUCCUUCGAGAUGGCGAUGUAGUCGCCACUGCGGGCGCAACCUUGCGAGCUGUGCACACGCCCGGGCAUGCCAGCGACCACCUCUGCUUCUGGCUUCAGGAAGAGCGUGCACUCUUCACCGGUGACGUGAUUCUGGGCGUUGGCACUGUCAUCAUUGACAGUUUCGAGGAGUACACGGCAUCGCUGCAGCGCCUGAAAGAGCUCGCGCCCGAUCGAAUCUAUCCGGGACACGGGCCCAUGCUGGAGGGCGCCGCGGCCCGGGAGCGACCUGGAGACUACCUGCGACACCGCUGGGAGAGGCUCGAGGCAGCCCGCGCUCUGCUAAACUCACGACCGGGCGCAUGGACCACGGAUCAGCUGCUGCGUGGAGUCUACGGCGCAUCUCUGCCCACUGAUGCGUUCCUGCACCAUGCUGCGCGAAGGAAUCUCGAGGCUUCGCUGGCUCAGCUCCAGGCCACGGGCGCCGCAGUGCAGCUCGGAACAGCGAGCUGGUCACAGCCUCCGAAGAAGGCCGGGCCGCAGGAUCCUCAGAAGGACAUCUCCCUGCAGCAGCUGCUGCGCCUUGCCAGGCCAAAGUGGGGCGCCAAAGACCUGGAGGCAGCUGCAGCAAAGCUGGACGCUGUCGGCUGCUUUGCUCGAUUAAGGAUGGAGGUUGGAGAAGGCAUAAAACUGUGUAAGAACAUUCCCUUGGAUAGUAUGCAGCAUGCCUGGGAGCCUUUUCCAAGCCUGGAGGUCAGGUCCGCGGCCGCCACGGCGUCCACACCUCCUUUGCGCGAAGAUGCCAGCACUGGGACGAAGGAGGUCCGCAGAAGGUCGAGCUUCACGCGGACCCCGGGAGACAACGAGUACAUCCAGGUGGCAGUGCGAAUUCGGCCCUUCCUGAAGCGCAACGAGGGCGAGCGCAACACGCUGUCUGUGGACCCGGACAACCAGGUGACGCUGGAAUCGAAAGGCGCCGAGCGCAAGUCCUCGGGGGUGACAGAGUCACCACUCCAGGGAAGCCGUGAUGCGGGCACUCGGACCUUCAAGUUCGACUUUGUUUUAGACUCCCGCGGCGAGCCCGGCGAUGCGAAGUUUGCCUCCCAGGAGACCCCACCCCGGCUGGUGGUUUGUGAACGCAACUGGAAAGGUGCCAGGGAUAAUCCCAAGGUGUUGGCAGAGCUCAUCGAAAAGGAGCUCUCGGAAGGCUUUCUUGAAGAACUUAGCCUGGAGUCAGCCCAACAACGUUGGGACAAUGUGGCCGUGGCAAGGAUGAACGCGGAUGUUCGUGCGGCUUUCCCGCUCAGGAUGGAAACGGAGGCCCAAAAAUUCGAAGAUGAUGCCAAUGCCAAGAACGUUCAGCGUCGCAGAAGUGCUGCGAAGGCCAAUGACUGGGCACACGAGCUCGAAGACCAUCAUGCCCAAAAGAACGACCGUGACAAGUUCUGGCACUGCGCCCGAUGCCUUUGGACGGCCAAGCGACAGGUUGUUCAGAUAUGCCUCGGCGCAAAGAAAGAGGGCAGCCUAUGUAUGAUAUCUGACAUUGGUCACGUGAGAGCGAACGGAAAGAACUCUCACAUGAAUGCCCUGGUUUGCUUGAGCACCUUCAGGAUGUCCCUCACUUCUCCGUGA